CAUGACCCCGCAGCGCAGCGCGGCGGCGGCUCCGGGUGGUGUGUUCGCGGCCUGCAGGCGCGCGGAGGCCUCGCAACGCGGCUGAGGCGGCGCCCCUGCGCCCCUCCCCCGCGAUCCGCGACUGAGGCGGCGAAGGAAGGAGGGUAGCUGCUGCAAGGAUGUCUUUUCCACCUCACUUGAAUCGCCCUCCUAUGGGAAUCCCAACACUUCCGCCUGGGAUUCCACCUCCACAGUUUCCUGGCUUUCCUCCCCCUGUACCUCCUGGGACCCCUAUGAUUCCAGUACCAAUGGGCAUUAUGGCUCCUGCUCCAACUGUCUUGGUUCCUACCACGGUAUCCAUGGUUGGCAAGCACUUGGGAGCUAGAAAAGACCACCCUGGUUUAAAGGCUAAAGAAAACGAUGAAAACAGCGGUCCCACUACCACUGUCUUUGUAGGCAACAUUUCUGAAAAGGCAUCAGACAUGCUCAUAAGACAGCUUUUAGCGAAAUGUGGCUUGGUUUUGAGCUGGAAGAGAGUACAAGGGGCAUCUGGAAAACUUCAAGCCUUCGGAUUCUGUGAGUACAAAGAACCAGAAUCUACUCUACGAGCACUGAGACUGCUCCAUGACCUUCAGAUUGGAGAGAAGAAGCUGCUAGUUAAAGUUGAUGCAAAGACAAAGGCUCAGCUAGAUGAAUGGAAAGCUAAGAAAAAAGCCUCCAAUGGGAACUCCAGACCAGAAUCCACAAAUGAGGAUGAGGAAGCACUGGAUGAGGAAACAAAGAGAAGAGAUCAGAUAAUUAAGGGGGCCAUUGAAGUGUUAAUACGAGAAUAUUCCAGCGAGCUCAAUGCCCCUUCCCAGGAAUCUGACUCUCACCCCAGGAAGAAGAAAAAGGAAAAGAAGGAGGACAUUUUCCGCAGAUUUCCAGUGGCCCCACUGAUACCUUAUCCACUCAUCACCAAGGAGGAUAUAAAUGCUAUAGAAAUGGAGGAAGACAAAAGAGACCUGAUAUCAAGAGAGAUCAGUAAAUUCAGAGACACACACAAGAAACUGGAGGAGGAAAAAGGCAAAAAAGAGAAAGAGAGACAGGAAAUUGAAAAGGAACGGAGAGAAAGAGAGAGGGAACGGGAGCGUGAACGAGAAAGGAGGGAACGCGAAAGAGAGAGGGAACGGGAGCGCGAACGAGAAAAGGAGAAGGAACGGGAGCGUGAACGAGAGCGGGAUAGGGAUCGCGACCGGACUAAAGAUAGAGAUCGUGACCGUGACCGAGAUCGAGAACGUGACAGAGACCGUGAACGGAGCUCAGAUCGCAACAAGGAUCGGAGUAGAUCAAGAGAAAAAAGUAGAGACAGAGAACGGGAACGUGAGCGGGAACGGGAAAGAGAACGAGAGAGAGAGAGGGAGCGAGAACGAGAGCGUGAAAGAGAGAGGGAGAGAGAGAGGGAACGAGAACGAGAAAAGGACAAGAAAAGGGACCGAGAAGAAGAUGAAGAAGAUGCCUAUGAACGCCGGAAGUUGGAGAGGAAACUUCGUGAGAAAGAAGCUGCUUAUCAAGAGCGCCUUAAAAAUUGGGAGAUCAGAGAACGGAAGAAAAGUAGAGAAUAUGAAAAAGAAGCUGAGAGGGAAGAGGAAAGACGAAGGGAAAUGGCGAAAGAAGGCAAACGGUUAAAAGAAUUUCUAGAAGAUUAUGAUGAUGACAGAGAUGAUCCAAAAUAUUACAGGGGUAGUGCUCUUCAGAAGAGACUGCGAGAUAGGGAAAAAGAAAUGGAAGCAGAUGAACGGGAUCGAAAGAGAGAGAAGGAAGAGUUGGAGGAAAUCAGACAGCGUCUCCUUGCAGAAGGGCAUCCUGAUCCAGAUGCAGAACUUCAGAGGAUGGAACAAGAAGCUGAACGGCGCAGGCAACCACAAAUCAAACAGGAGCCAGAGUCUGAGGAGGAAGAGGAGGAAAAGCCAGAAAAAGAAGAAAAAAGGGAAGAACCAGAAGAAGAGGAGGAGGAGCCAGAGCAAAAGCCCUGCCUUAAACCAACCAUGCGACCCAUCAGUUCUGCUCCAUCCGUUUCUUCAGCUAGUGGCAAUGCAACCCCUAACACACCUGGUGAUGAAUCUCCCUGUGGCAUUAUUAUCCCUCAUGAAAACUCACCUGAUCAGCAGCAACCAGAGGAACAUCGGCCUAAAAUAGGACUUAGCCUCAAAUUGGGUGCCUGCAAUAGUCCCAACCAACCAAAUGCUGUGAAGAGGAAGAAGCUUGCUGUGGACAGCGUUUUUAAUAAAUUUGACGAUGAAGACAGCGAUGAUGUGCCCAGGAAGAGGAAAUUAGUCCCCUUGGAUUAUGGUGAAGAAGACAAAGGCUCUUCCAAGGGCAGUGUCAAUACAGAAGAAAAACGGAAACAUAUAAAGAGUCUUAUUGAGAAGAUUCCCACAGCCAAACCUGAACUUUUUGCUUAUCCUCUUGAUUGGUCUAUUGUGGAUUCAACAUUAAUGGAACGCCGAAUUAGACCUUGGAUCAACAAGAAAAUAAUAGAAUAUAUUGGUGAAGAAGAAGCUACGCUAGUUGAUUUUGUUUGUUCAAAGGUCAUGGCUCACAGUUCACCACAGAGCAUAUUGGAUGAUGUUGCUAUGGUAUUAGAUGAAGAAGCAGAAGUUUUUAUAGUCAAAAUGUGGAGAUUAUUGAUAUAUGAAACAGAAGCCAAGAAGAUCGGUCUAGUGAAGUAAAGCACUCUCCUUCCCUCUAGGGUCCCAUUUCAGUUUUUUUUUUCUUUUCCAGCAUUCAAGAACUUUUGAAUUUUCUCUGUCCUGGGAGACAUUUGUGAGACCUGUAAUUUUUUUUUUAAUGUAGAAAAUGUGAACAUUUUUUUGUCCUCUGCCCUUCUCGGUUAUAGUUAUCUGAAUCCUGCAUUGGUUCUCUAAUUCACCAAGUACAGUUAAUUGUAUGUUUUAUAAGCAGCAGCUACUGUACACAGUCUCUGGUAAUCUUGUUCUGCUAACCUGUUCCUUGUAAAUAUUAAAGACUCCCCUGUUUUACAAAAAAAUUGCACUUAAUGUGAAAGUAUAUCUGUUUCCAACCAAGGUAAUUGAUUUUACUGGAAGUGUAUCAUCCUCUUUCCAUCUUCCUCCUUUUUAUUUAAAAAGUGAUCAGAAUGCAAUUUGAAAUUAGAAUUGUAAAAAAAAAAAUAAGUGGAUGGAGCCUCUGCUGGCUUUCACAGAGAGUGGAUGCGUGUUAACUUGUCUCCUCAUCUGACUUAAGCAAAGGAGUUGCCUUAAAAUUCUUGUUCCUAUAUAACACUGCAGGAAAAGUGAUAGUACUUGGCCAACUUGGAAUUGCUUGUGAAACUGGCAGCAGAAUUCCUCUUGCAGACACUCUCUGCCAGUUUCCCCUAAAAGGAGCACAAGUUGCAGAAGCUUCUGGCUCCAUUAGGGUUAGAGCAGGACCUCAGUAUACACACUUUGGGGGGGGGGGGUGUCUUUUUUUACUUGGGAUGUCUUGUGCAGAAUUAUUUCAUUUUAGCUCUUACCACUGCCCUGAAAAGUAAUCUGAUUUUUUUUUUUUAAACACAUUUUUUUAAAAACACUUUUUUAGAAUUUAGAAGGAAAAUAAGCCAGUUUAGAACACUUUGGAGCAGAGAAGGAGGAUGAAGGAUAAUAGCAGUUUAUAAAACUAAAUCCCAAAUUUUCAAAAAAAUGUUGAAGUCUGUUUUUAUGCAUACCAUCAAACCAGCCUUAUUUUUUUUUCCUCUUCAUUUUUUGUACUGUAAGCAGUCUGUAUUAUCAGUGGAAGAGGGUGAUAUUUUCCUGCCUUGUCUGUAUGGGUUUUUAUAAAUAAGCUAAUGUGAUAUAAAUGACAAGUUGUACUGUACACUGCAUUUUUUUAAUUUCAUACCCAGGUAAAAAGACAAACUGAUGAUGUGCUAUGAGCUAUUUGAUUGCAGGUUGACUUAUUUUUCUUUUUUCCAGGGAGCAAAACUUUCUCAAACAUUUUUAAUUUUUAAACACAAUUCUUAAGAGCAAACCAAUUACGUACAACUGUUCCAGCAUCUCUGUAAUUGUAUUUAAUUGAAGGAUACAGGUUGACUUGUUCAGAAAACAUAACUGUGACCUUGAGUUACUAGAUCCUUGCAUCUUGAGAGGACAUUUGAAAACACUGUUCUUAACAAAUGGGAUCGUGUAAAGGUUCCACCCUGUAAAUAUUUCAGAUAUUAAAAAUGUAUAUAUUUGA